UUCCUUUUCACAAAAUUCUAACUUUUUCUGAUCAUCCAAACUCUGCUUUCUCUGCUCAUGGCUUUGCUUUUCUUAUCAUCGCCUAAUCUCUUGGAACCGUAGUUUUCUUUUGCAAAGUAAAUUACAAACGGUAAUUGUGGCCAAUGGAGGAGUGUAGAUUUCUAUCAGAAAUGAAGUUCAUUAUCAACUUGUUAUACACAGAAACAGUUUCAUUUCUCUAUGUUUUUUCCUCUGACCCUCUAUUUUCAUGCAUUGUCACCUUCUGCACCUUGAUCCUCCUCUAUUUGCCUCAUCUAUUUUGGAAAAUAGUUUUCUCACCCGUUUUGAUUCUCUCCGGGAUUCUCUUGCUUCUCAUCCUCCGUCUCGGUGCAAUUCAAAGAUCUGAAAAUGAAGAAAAGGAAAACACGGGCAAAUUUGAACCCAUCGGCAAUGAAGAAAACAGGGCAAACAGAGAAGAGAAACGGGGGAAACUCAUUGAACCUGUGGAAAUCGAUUCUCUUGAUCAAGUUUACCGGUGGGUGAGGGCCCAUUCUGAAUUAGAGGUUAAAACCCAGAUGGAUUUUGAAUCAAGUUCGCGUUUUGAGGAGCCUUUCGUGGAAUGGAACGUUAAAGCGCCAUUGGAGGUCAUAUACGAAGUAGAAGAAACAGAGCAGGAUCCCAAUGAGAAACAACACAUGGGUAUUUUCCCAUCGUUGUCAUGCUACUACCCUGAAACUGACUCGGAAAACUCGUCGGGGAGUGAAUUUCCGGCGAUGGAGAACUGGGACUCGCCGGAGAAGAUGAGCUUCAGAUGGGAUGAAGAAGAUAGAGAAGGUUUAAUUGAGAUAGCUCUUGAUGGGUGUAAGAAGAGGACCGUCGAGUUUCAGUUUGAGGAGGAGAAUUUGAUCGAGAUUGAUAUUUCUCCGACGAGGCACAGAGAAUUUGCCGGCGAGGAUGAUCUGUUUGCCGGUGAGAUUAGUUGCGACUAAUGUGAUGUUUAAUGAAGAUUAACAUAGGGGAUUAUUGUGUAUUUUGUUUUGGGGUAAGUGAAAGGGAAAAUUAGAGAUUUGGAAUUAUUUGGGGAGUUUUGGCAGACUAUGCCUGUCUUGGAUGUGGUCACCGUUGUACUAUCAUAUCCAAGCUUUAAGUCCAAUUAAUCACACUAAUCCCAAAUAU